AUGAUCAUACCGGUGCGAUGUUUCACAUGUGGCAAGGUGAUAGGCAACAAAUGGGAAGCGUACCUUGGAUUGCUACAGGCCGAAUACACUGAAGGUGAUGCGCUCGAUGCACUCGGUCUCAAACGGUACUGCUGCAGGCGGAUGUUGCUUGGACAUGUAGAUCUGAUUGAGAAGCUGCUAAAUUAUGCACCGCUAGAGAAAUAA